AUGACCUUAUCUGUCAGGCAUAGAUGUAUAGUUGCUGCAGCUCGUUGUUGCAAUUCUUCUCAAUUUUUAUCUUCCAUAACAUCUGAUUUUGCUGCCAGCAAAGCUUUCAAGAUUCUCUGUUCAGCCAACAGAACUUUUACUCUUGAGGACGUGGGACUCUUAGCUGACCUCGGCUUGGAUGCGUAUAGAUUCUCCAUUUCAUGGCCAAGAAUUUUGCCACAUGGUCGUGGCAAAGUAAAUCCGGAAGGAAUUCAGUAUUACAAGAAUUUGAUAGAUGAGCUCCUUGACAAUGGAAUAGAGCCUUUUGUGACAUUGUUCCAUUGGGAUUUGCCCCAAGCUCUAGAAGAUGAAUAUGGAGGCUUUUUGAGCAAAAGAAUACUAGAAGAUUUCAAAAAUUAUGCAAAAGUAUGUUAUGAAGAGUUUGGAGAUAAGGUGAAGCAUUGGAUGACUCUAAAUGAGCCAUGGACAUUCUCCACCCUUGGAUAUGGUGAAGGUGCACUUGCUCCAGGUAGAUGCACACAAGGCCUUCCUGAUCUUAGCUGCCCAGCUGGAGGAGAUUCUCUCAUAGAGCCAUAUAUUGUUUCCCACAAUAUGCUCCUAGCCCACUCUGAAGCAGCAAAAUUAUACAAAAACCAUUUUCAGGCCAAGCAACAGGGGAAAGUGGGCAUCACCUUACCAUCAUACUGGUUUGAGCCAUAUGAUAAAAACCCUAGUGACAAAGAGGCACAACAAAGAGCACUUGAGUUUAAUCUUGGAUGGUAUGUUAUUAAUACACAAUAUAUAUUUAACUUUAAAUGAGAAAAUAGGACGAAGAAAAACUAGGA